UCUCAGCCAGAAGCUAACCAAGCUAAAGCUAGGCUAAGUAGCCGCUGCCUGCUGCAGGGGGACAUGUAGCCAGUUAAAACACAUUCAGUCUCAAUGAAGGAUCUUCCAGAGUGACUGGGCCAUGGAGUUAAGAAACAUCGAGGACCAGUCUCCGUUGGUCCAGGCUAUAUUCAGCCGAAACAUAGAAGAGGUGACAUUUUUGUUGAACCAUGAAGAAGAUGUCAAUUCACUGGACCAAGAACAAAGCACACCACUUCAUGCUGCUGCUUAUUUGGGUGAUGUCCACAUUAUGGACCUUCUUAUUACUGCAGAUGCAAAUGUCAACGCGAAGGACCAGGGUUCACUGACUCCUUUACACCGAGCAGCUGCCUCAAGAAAUGAAAAGGCUGUGGACCUGCUGCUAGAGCACAGAGCAGAGGUCAACACACGAGACAAAUUCUGGCAUACACCUUUACACAUGGCCGCUGCAAACUGGGCCACAGGUUGUGCUGCAGCUCUGAUACCACAUGUUUGCAGCCUGAAUGUUGGUGACAGGUCAGGGAGGACGCCACUGCAUCAUGCAGCGCACAGCGGCCAUGUAGAGAUGGUGAACUUGCUCCUGAGCAAAGGUGCCAACGUGUGUGCCAAAGAUAAAAAAGAUCGGCAGGCAAUCCACUGGGCUGCAUACCAAGGACAUAUGGAGGUCGUCAAGCUGCUGGUGUCUCACAGCGCUGACGUGACGUACAAGGACAAACGUGGUUACACUCCGCUCCAUGCAGCAGCCGCCAAUGGCCAGUUGGAAGUCGUCAAAUAUCUGUUGCGGCUCGGGAUAGAGACUGACGAACCCAACAUUUAUGGGAACACGGCGCUCCACAUGGCGUGUCACACAGGGCAGGACACCGUGGCCACUGAGCUGGUGAACGCCGGUGCCAACAUCAAUCAGCCCAACUAUCACGGCAACACGCCGCUGCAUCUGGCUGCUGCCUCCUCUAGCGCGGUGCUGUGUCUCGAGCUGCUAAUCAACAACGGCGCUGAUGUCAACAUGCAGAAUAAAGAAGGGAAGAGCCCUUUGCAUAUGGCUGCUAUGCAUGGACGCUUUACAGGCUCCCAGAUUCUGAUCCAAAAUGGUGGGGAGAUCGAUUGUUUUGAUAUGUUCGGAAACUCUCCUCUUCAUGUUGCUGCCAGAUUCGGUCAGGAGUUGUUGAUCAGCACUCUGCUGACAAAUGGUGCUGACAAGGCGAGACAGGGUAUUCAUGGAAUGCUUCCUUUACAUUUGGCGGCGCUGUACGGAUUUCCAGACUGUUGUCGAAAGUUGCUGUCUAAUGGUCAGUUUUUCAACUUUGUGCCAGCUCAUUUGCCGUCAGUUGGGUUUGAUAUUAACAUAUUGGACGACCAUGGGAGGACAUGUCUGCAUGCAGCUGCCUCUGGAGGAAAUGUUGACUGUCUCAACUUGAUCUUAAAUUGCGGCGCUGAACUCGACAUAAAGGAUAAUUUGGGAAGAUCUCCUUUGCACUAUGCAGCAGCCAAUGCGAGCAGCCAAUGCACAAUCUCCCUGGUGAGAGCGGGGGCUGAGGUCAAUGAGCUGGAUCUGAUGGGCUGCAGCCCUCUGCACUACACCGCUGCUUCACACACCUUCUGUGGUGGGAACUCUGAGCCUGACUACAGUUUGGAAAAGGAACAAGAGGCCUCUCUGUGUUUAGACUUCUUGCUUGACAAUGGGGCAAACCCAACUGUGAAGAACAAUAAGGGUUACAGUGCCGUCCACUACGCUGCAGCUUAUGGGAACAAACAGCACCUGGAACUGCUCCUGGAGAUUUCUUUCAAUUGUCUAGAGGAGGUGGAAAGUAACAUUCCAGUCAGUCCUUUGCACUUAGCUGCGUAUUAUGGUCAUCGGGAGCCCCUGCGUCUACUGUGUGAGACGUUAGUGAGUCUGGACAUACGGGAUACUGAAGGCCGAACUGCUCUCCACCUCUCUGCUCAGAGGGGGUUUGCUCCAUGUGUGGAGGUGCUGCUGAAGCACCAAGCCUCCUACACACUGAAGGAGCACAAGCACAAGCGGACGGCUCUCCAUGCUGCAGCUGCUGAGGGCCAGAUGGACUGUCUGCUUCUGCUCGUCAACAAGAAACAAAGUGCCGACAUCAUUGACAGUUUAGAUACUCAGGGACAGACGGCUCUCAUGCUGGCAUCUCUGGGACGUCACACUGACUGUGUCCACAUCCUGUUGGAAAAAGGAGCCAAUGCUGAUGCUGCAGACAAAAAGGGCUUUACCGCAUUACAUAGAGCUGCCAUGUUAAACAGUGAGGACUGUGUAUCUGCUCUGUUGGAACAUGGGGCUUCUGCUCUGUGCAGAGACUCUCAGGGACGGACCCCGCUGCACAUCGCAGCCUCCCGUGGCCACACGGAGCUGCUCCGCUGUUUGCUAAAGGCUGCUAUGAAAGCUGACCCUCUGGACUCCAUGCAAGACCACAGAGCCUACACGCCCACACACUGGGCUGCCUACCACGGACGUGAAGGAUGUUUACACAUUUUACUUGAAAACAAACUUUUUAGCAACCGGGAAAAAAAUCAGUUCACCCCACUGCACUGUGCCCUAGUUAAUGGACACGAUGUUGCUGCUGAACUUCUAUUGAAGACUGUAGGACCUCAAAUUGUUAACGUUUGUGAUGCCAAAGGAAGGACCCCCCUGCAUGCAGCUGCCUAUUCAGGAAACGUUUCUGGGCUCCAGGUUGUUCUGGCUCAGGGAGCAGAGGUCAAUGCUGUGGACCACUGUGGAUGCUCUGCUCUGAUGGUUGCUGCCGACCGUGGACAUACCAUGGCUGUUGAAUUAUUGCUGCAGCGCGCAAAGCCAGACCUGACCCUGGUGGAUGUCAAUAAUAACACAGCCCUUCACUUAGCCUGCAGCAAGGGUCAUGAGAUGUGCGCCCUGUUGAUCCUUGGAGAGAUCAGUGACUCCACCCUCAUAAAUGCAACAAACAGUGCUCUGCAGAUGCCUCUUCACAUUGCAGCAAGGAAAGGCCUGGCGACUGUAGUGCAGGUGUUACUGAGCAGAGGUGCAGCAGUCAUGGCUGUAGAUGAGGAAGGCCACACUCCAGCUCUGGCCUGUGCCCCGAACAAAAAUGUUGCGGACUGUCUGGCCCUGAUCCUCUCCACCAUGAAGCCUUUCCCUCCCAGAGAGGCCGGCGGUGGUGCAGCCUCCCACUUCAACCCCCUCCUGAAGAAUUGUGGGAUUGCUGCCACAUGCGGGUCCAGUGGAAACCUUUGUCACGCCUAAGUUGGCCUGAGUGAAAUCUCAUCCUUGUGAAGCCCAAAGUCUCCAAACGUAACCACGCACAUACAAGUCUCCAUGAACAUGUGUGGUCAGGCAUAGCUUCUUUCACAUGUCAUGACAUUUAUACUUGUGUGUCACAUGCAGCUGCACAUGCACCAUGUGCUCAUGCGCUAGUAGCAUAGUCUUAAACAUUUUAUUAACAUUAGCAGACCUCUUAGAUUCUCUUUAUUUGAGUUUAGCACAUACAUGUUAUUUUAAUGAAGCACUAACAUUAGACAUUAAUGGAAGUUUUAACAUGAGCACACCACACAAGCCUCUCUACCUGAACCACAGCCACUGUCAGUAUUAGCCUCAGUUCUUAGCUCAUUAAUCACCAAAGCCUGAAGCCUAUAGAUUCGUCCAGAGCUAAACAAGUGCAAGAAUACGCAGAUGACUGUGUUUUAUUUGUGUGUGUGUGGGUGUGGGUGUGUGUGUGUGUGUAUGUGUGUGUGUGUGGGUCUGUCUGUCGGUCUGUAAGUUCUAUUUUGCAUAUUAGACAUUGCUUCUUAAAAUACGUGUUUUUAAAAUAUCUAACAGGUGCUAUAAACCUUUUAUGCAAUUAUUAAGACUCUAUUUUCUUAUUCUGUCCGGACUGUAGCUGACACUAGAUUGAUAUGAGUAACGUAUUAUUCUAAUAUCAUCAUGAAUUACAUUUCAAUUUAGUAAAAGUACCACAAGCUUAAAAUGUUUUUAAUAAUAUAGUUUACUGAGUUAAGUGUAUAUAUAUUUAGUUCUUAAAAUGAAGUUAAUCAUUUACAUGUAUAAUCUUGAAAAUCCCAAAUUAUUGAGAAUGAACCUCAGGUCAGUGUGUACUGUACAGUGCAAUAAAAAGCACAUCUGAAACUGGAUGUUGCACAACAAGAAUAAAGCGGGACAGAAGUAUUUAAAUAUGUUUCACUUAAAUAAGCCAGAGAAUCAAAAAAAAUAUUUCAGGCUUUGAACAAGAAAGUUGUGUGUCUUCAGUAAAUCUGACAUUUCACCUAAAGAUAACUUUAAUUUCUGUGACAUCUUCAAACUGUUAUUUAAUUAUUUUUGUUGAUUUGCCCUGAAACCCAGAGACCUAAAACUGAGAAACAGAGAAUCCUUCAUACUUGAGAUACGAGAACUAACGAAUGUUGGCAUUUUUACUCAAAGACCUUUUUGCUUAUCAAAUUUGUUGAAAAUCAAAUAGAUGUUUAUCGACUAAUCAAUUGUUUCAGCACUAUGCUCAAAGUCUGUUUUCUGUAUGAUUAAAUACAUUUGAAGAAACUGUUCAAAUAAGCUGCAACUUACUGAAAUUGCUGUUUUGUAAUUGUGAUUUUAUUUUUGGGGCGGGGGUUUAGGGUCAGUUUCACUGUUAAGAAAAUCUCCUGUAGCAGCAUGUCCUUCAUCCAAAGCAACCAGAAGAUCAGUGUCCAGCAUUUAUUGACACUGAAUAAAUAUUUUAUUGGCUUUUAAAAUUGUCAGAGCUUGAUUGAUUUUUUUUAUUAAUAAUUAUUUUUCUCUUGCUACAUAACUUGGCACAAUACACCUGUACUGGUACAAAGAUGUCACUGCCUCUGUAAAGAUCAAGGUUUUAUGUUUUGAUUUGUAAAUUUAAUGUUUACCUUUUUAAAUUUGCACUCUGACAUAAAAGUUUACAUUUUACAGUAAGAUAUCUUUACAUUUAUGCAAAUAUUCUAUCAUUUUACAAAUUAAACUUUCAUCUAAGAGUAGAGCCCUAUCCUGUGAGCAUCUCCCUCUGUUUUUCGUUUGGAUCUUAGUCUUGGUGGGGGAUGGUUCUACAACUAAAGGUUGUAGUUAAAUGUUUAGAAUCAUGUUUAUCUUGAAUAAUGUCUCUGUUUCAGCUUUUCACGUGAACAAAUUGUCUGUCUUCCCUCACGUCUUUCAGACAUUUCAGAUGUAACAACUUGAAAACUGUGUGUGGUAAGGUUGUGGAUGGCUUUCAGAGAUAAUAAACAAACUUGCUCCCA